AGCAAAUAAAAAACAACUGAGAACAUGAAUUUGCUGUCAGCUUUGAAGCCUGAAGGAGAGGAGUGUGUUGGUUUCUGGCAAACAUGAAGUCAGAACUUUGGUAUUUCUUUCUCUUCUGCUUCCAAAUUGAAGUUCUAACAGGAGAAAUCAAUGAUUCCGUCAAGUCUGAUAUGUUUACAUUUCACAACGGAGGUGUACAAAUUUUAUGCAAAUACCCUGAGAUUGUUCAGCAGUUUAAAAUGCAGUUGCUGAAAGGGAGGCAAACACUCUGUGAUCUCACUAAGACAAAGGGAAGUGGAAACACGGUGUCCAUCAAGAAUCUGAACUUUUGUCAAUCUCAGUUAUCCAACAACAGUGUCUCUUUUUUUCUAUAUAACUUGGACAGUUCUCAUGCCAGCUACUAUUCCUGCAAACUAUCAAUAUUUGAUCCUCCUCCUUUUCAAGAAGAGGUUUUUAGUGGCGAAUAUUUGCAUGUUUAUGAAUCACAGCUGUGUUGUCAACUGAAGUUUUGGUUACCGAUAGGAUGUUCAGCUUUUGUUGUUGUCUACAUUAUUGCAUGCACGUUUGUUUGUUGGCUUACAAAAAAGAAGUAUCGAUCCAGUGUGCACGACCCUAAUAGUGAAUAUAUGUUCAUGGCUGCAGUGAACAUGGCUAAAAAACCUAAACUCACAGAUGUGACCCUGUAACCUGGAACUCUCUGGCAACCAGUCU